UAUGUACUAAAAAUGCGAAGGUAUGAGAAGACACCGUUUGUGUGUCUGUCCGACGCAGUAGCUGUCUGUUUACUCACAGAUGUACAAGGAUGGGCUCUUCUUUGCUUGUCUGUUCAGAAGUUGCAGGACAAAAUACUUGAAUCUUCAGCUAUUACAGGAAUCUAUUCUGAAGUUGAAGAUGAACUGAGUAUGAGAGCAGACAGUGUUCUAAUCCAUCCAACAGGAUCUAUUACCUUCCUACAACCAUAUAAUGGAUAUACAAAUUAUCCAGGAUAUACAGGCAAAUCUCAAGCAAAUGCGUCAUAUUUAGGCAAAUAUGAGACUAAUGCGUCACAUUCGCGUCGACAUACGCAGAGUUAUGAAAACAAAAAGGAGACUGAGAGACGAGGAGUAGUUUCAAUAGGUGAAACAUUGUUACACUGCUGCAGCUUAGAUAUCUCUACAGAGCUUAGAACUGUUCUAAAUAUGAUGUCUGGUGGUACAACAGAUCUUAUACAAGUUCUUCAAAAAGUUGAGCGCUAUUGGAGAAGAAACAGUGGUAUAUCUGUUUCCCAAGUUGUCUCUAAGAUUUACCGAACUACACUUAACACGUUCUGUGUGCCCAGGCCAUUGCAUGAUUCCAAACAAAACGGAAAUAUUUUGCUGGAAAUCCGCGAAAACGGUCAAGUACCAACCCGGCCAAUACCAACCCGGCCAGUACAGUACCGGCAGUCCACCUGCUCAACUUUUACCAAACCAUACCUAGUCAAUCAGCCUAGUAAACCAGCCCAGGUUGGUCAACCAGGCAACCACAGGCUGGUCAGUCGAACAGGGGAUUCAGAACUGGAUACAGUUGCCAUGAAGUCAUCAACAGUAUACAAGAUGGAAGAGUUUGAAACAGAUAGACAGAAAAGAUACGGUCGUAGAUUAGAAUUCCGUCCUCAUCCUCAAACUGAGAAACCACGUCGUAAAUUUGGAGAUCUUGAUCCAAACAAGAGCUAUUCAACAUCCGCCAUUGAUCAAGAGAAUGCAGAGUUUUCUAAACCAAUGCUCAAGAACUCAAGAGUUAAGAUUGAGCCGGAGUUUGUAACAAAAUCGUCGCAGCCAGCGAUUGAAUCUGUUUUAGGAAAACAUGAAACAAACUUGUUAACUGCUCAUGUUAAACUUAUCACAGGUGCAAAGCUGAAGAUUAAAAUAGACGAGAAUACAAGAUGUGAGGAAGUUUUAUCUUUGUCUUGUAAAACUCUAGGUCUGGCCUCGACCAAUGAAAGAUUGUUUUGUAUUUGUUUCUUGAGAAAUAACGAAUAUUUUUAUAUUCCUCCGACCACGAAACUAGUUAAAACAGAAGAUGAAAAUGGAGAAAAUGAAAAUCCGCGAAAAUCAAAAAGUCGACGGCGAAGCAGUUUGGCGGGCAGCUGGCGGGAUGGCCGGACUUUUUAUCUAAGAUUUGUGGAGUUUCCGCACAAUUUGGAUUUUGUUCCAUAUUCUAUUCGACAUAUUUUCUAUUUGCAGCUUAGAAAUGACUUUUUAGCAGGCUUGUACAGGAUGAGCCUUGAUGAAUAUUUUUCUAUUGGAGCCAGUGCUCUGAAAGCAGAUCUUAGAUUUGCAACAACAGAUUCAAGUCUAGGGUUUUGUUCUAAAGGAUCUCGAACUAGCGUCGAGAACACCGACAGAUUCCUUCUCGUAGAUUAUCUUCCGGUUCCAGUGAUUAAAUAUACCGGAGAAAAACGCGCAAAAGACAAAAUUUUAAAAAUGGCGCGAAAUACCGAUUCCGGUAAAGACGACCUGGCCGUACUUAAUAAACUUAUUAACGCCCUCAGUAGAGACUGUGGACUUGCGUCUUUCUCGUAUCUUGAAGCAAACCAGACUAUUGAAGCAAGAAUAGGGAAUGAAGGAAUAUCACUGAUUGAAAAACCUAAGGACUUGUUCUGUGGAAGUCAGCUGCUCAAGCUGGUCAGCUGGGUCCAGCUCCGAGAGGUCAGAUGUACAGGAGAAAAUAUUCAGUUCUACGAUGCAGGGUCAGAAACCAAGGUCAAACUAGGGUUUGGAUCAAGGUCAAGGUCAAUAGCAGGGUUACUAGAAAGAUGGAGUAAACUACACUCAUUGUCUUCCGAUAUACCAGAUCGUGGAAGACGAUUUAGAGAGUUGUACCAGAAGCUUCGAAACCAUGUGGUUGAACCUGCACUCGGUGGAGGAGGACGGGGAGGAGGAGGAGGAGGGAGGGCAAGCUCAUCAGAUAGGAAAAAAAGACGAUCUCUUCCCUCAUUUAGUUCAGUUGGUGAAUUAAAACAUGGUUAUCUGGAAGCAAAAACCAGAUGUUCCAUACGAAGAUUAAAACACUAUGGAUCCAUGGCUAACAAUUUACUAGUGGGAAACCAGUCUAAUUCUAAAUUAAUCACGGAUCCUGGGAAUCAGUCUAAUGACCUUCUUGGUCACGGAAAUCCGUCUAGUGACCUUCUUGGUCUCGGGAAUCAGUCUAGUGACCUUCUUGGUCCCGGGAAUCAGUCUAGUGACAUUCUUGGUCUCGGGAAUCAUUCUACUGAGAACCUACCAGGCUACAAAACCCAGUCCUCUAGGUCCUCUAAUUCUUCCCUUCCGUCCUCGGAGGACGGUGCUGAUCAGAAAAAGCUGAAACUUGACGAGGUUAGAAUGUGCAAUCCCGAAACUAAAAAGCCUGUCGGACAUAAUGGAAAAGUCCCAGAAAAGGGAUACAGGUAUAGAGUAUACCUGGAGAAUGAUGAUUAUGAGGAUAAUGACUCUAGUAUGGAGAACUCCAGGGUUCUCAAGAACUCAAGCCUGGAGCACUCCAAAGUGCUCAAGAACUCAAGCCUGGAGAACUCCACCGUUCUCAAGAAUUUAACCUUGGAGAACUCGAGACUCUUCCACCUUGACGAACCUGAACUGGGACAAGGACAACCUGGCAAACCUCUACCUGUAUCUCGGAAAGGAUCUAUUACGUUUGGCAAUACAAAGUUAAACUCUGAAAAUCCUUUUCCAAAAAACGGAGUAAAACAAAACCUGAAACAAAAAUCUGAAGACCAGAUUAAACCCAAGGAGAGAAAACGAUCCCACACUGUUAGAAUGGGAACCAGAGCUUUGAAAGGAUCUAGUAUGGAGAACCUUCUACGCCAAGGAUCUGAGAGAAUAGAGAAAACUAAAUCUAGUUUCAUCCAGUUUAAUCCAUUCUCAUCCAAACUAUUCCAUUCAUGCGAGAACAUUACGGAAUCCUUCAUCCAUGAUCUUAAACCCUUUCCGGGCACUAAACUUAUAACCAGGAGGUCAGCUUCCGGUCUUGCGAAGGAGACUUCCGGUCUCGUGAAAGGAGCUUCCGGUUCGUUGUUGGAUACAAAAUCAGCCUCGAAGACGGUUUCAGAACACUCUCUCAGUAAUAUACAAAUACUAGGAGAAACUCUGGAUUCAAGUCUUUCAGUCUCAUUGUUAGAGAGGUUUGAGAAUAUGGAUACUGCAGAAUGGGAACCGACAAGAACACUGACAAGACUUGUUCUCAGGAGGAAUAAGAUGACAGGAAGGUUAGGAGUUCGAAUCACGCAGACUCCGGGCGGUAUAUAUGUCGAGAGUAUAGAACCAGGACAGAUGACAGUGGUAGAGGUUAGAGAGCAGUCAGACACUGAUAGCGGCGUAUCUUCAAUCCCCCAGGGACAACUCAAGCCAGGAGAUAAGAUUCUAGAAGUUGAUGGAACAGGGAUAGAAGGAUUAGGAUACAAGGAGGUUCUAGAUUGUAUCCAGAGGUCAGGGGAUACUGUGCAGUUCCUUGUAUCCCAGCUAGUGUAGCAGUAUCCUGACUAGCAUAUUUGUAUCCCAGCUAGUGUAGCAGUAUCCUAAACCAGCAUAUUUUUAUCCCAGCUAGUGUAGCAGUAUCCUGACUAGCAUAUUUGUAUCCUAGCUAGUGUAGCAACAUCCUAAACCAGCAUAUUUGUAUCCCAGCUACUGUAGCAGUAUCCUGACUAGCAUAUUUGUAUCCUAGCUAGUAUAGAAGUUUCCUAAACCAGCAUAUUUGUAUCCCAGCUAGUGUGGAAGUAUCCUGACUAGCAUAUUUGAUCCCAGCUAGUGUAGAAGUAUCCCGACUAGCAUAUUUGUAUCCCAGCUAGUGUAGAAGUAUCCUGACUAGGAUAUUUGUAUCCCAGCUAGUGUAGAAGUUUCCUAAACCAUUAUAUUUGUAUCCCAGCUAGUGUAGCAGUAUCCUGACUAGCAUAUUUGUACCCUAGCUAGUGUAGAAGUAUCCUGACUAGCAUAUUUGUACCCUAGCUAGUAUAGAAGUAUCCUGACUAGCAUAUUUGUACCCUAGCUAGUGUAGAAGUAUCCUGACUAGCAUAUUUGUACCCUAGCUAGUAUAGAAGUAUCCUGACUAGCAUAUUUGUACCCUAGCUAGUAUAGAAGUUUCCUAAACUAGCAUAUUUGUAUCCCAGCUAGUGUAGAAGUUUCCUAAACCAGCAUAUUUGUACCCCAGCUAGUGUAGCAGUAUCCUGACUAGCAUAUUUGUACCCUAGCUAGUGUAGAAGUUUCCUAAACCAGCAUAUUUGUAUCCCAGCUAGCCAAAGCUAACCAAGUUUAUCCAUUAGUCAAAGUUGCAUCCCAGCUAGAAAAGUUAAAUCUGUAUAUCAACCCAGGCCAAAGCUAUAAUUCUGCAAGUAUAAGCGUCCAAAAAAGUUAUUUUCGUGUAAUCAACAAAAAGGUUCCCUAUUUAAUCAUCCUAUAUAAAAACGAAGCUAUGCAUCUCCCAACCAAGGCCUGGUAGAAAUCCUAAUGUUAAAUUUUCUUUCUAUAAAUGGCUGUGCGUUACUUACUAAACUAAAUUGUAAAUAGAUUCAACAUUUGUAUAUAAUACCUACACUCUACAGUAUGUUAAUUAUUUAGUUAUGAAAUAAUAAAUAUUAAAAAAUA